CCAAGAGAGCACCUAUAUUAUAGAUACUGACAGACAAAUCCCCUAGAGUGACCACACCGGCUCUUCUACGCGUUCCGAGAAGAAGAAGGAUUUAUCAAAAUAUGUAGGAUCGUGAUUGUUUUUCAAUUUUUUUCAAAAAAUUUGGAGGAUGCAAGAAACUUUACCAACAACAAUGAAAGGAUUGGAAAAAGCCUACCUGGUGGGCGACAAAGCGACAAAGAUGUAUUCGCUAACUACUGACAGUGCAGAACAAAGUAACUAUAAUAAGGAAAAACAUCAAGAAGAAGAGUCCAUUAACCCAUACCACUGCCACAACAAUAAUACAAAGGCGUACGAUGCCAGACAGAAAGAACAAAACAUGGCCAAAAAGAAACUCUGCAUUGCAGCAGCCAUUUGCCUGGCGUUUAUUGUAGCAGAAAUUGCAGGUGGUUACAUUGCAGGAAGCCUGGCCGUGGUAGCUGACGCCGCUCACCUUUUUGUUGAUCUUUCUAGUUUGUUAAUCAGUCUUUGCUCCCUGUGGUUGUCAUCAAAACCAGCAACAAAAAGACUCACCUACGGCUGGUACAGAGCAGAAAUUGUUGGUGCCUUGCUUUCUAUGGUCACCAUAUGGGUGGUGACGGGAGUGUUGGUCUAUCUGGCUUGUGAAAGAAUCCUCCAUCCGGAUUACACCAUUGACGGCGCCGUGAUGCUCAUGACAUCUGUCUGUGCAUUAGGCGCCAAUAUAGUCUUGGCUCUGGUCCUGCAUAAUACAGGACAUGGUCACAGUCACUCAGGAGGUCAACACCAACAUAUGGCACCCGAUUACCAGCCUCAGACUAAUGCCAGUAUACGUGCCGCCUUCAUCCAUGUCAUUGGAGACCUGUUUCAGAGUAUUAGUGUACUCAUCAGCGCCCUCAUCAUAUACUUCAAGCCACAGUACAAGAUAGCCGACCCAAUUUGCACGUUUAUAUUCUCCAUUUUUGUGCUGGCCACAACGAUUACUGUUCUACGAGAUAUUCUGCUUGUGUUAAUGGAAGGAGUCCCCCGGGGGAUUAAUUAUGGCGCUGUAAAGCAGAGUAUUCUCGCGGUGAAUGGGGUUAAAUCGGUACACAGCCUCCAUCUCAUGGCUUUAACAAUGAACCAAGUCAUCGUCUCAGUUCACGUUGCCACAGAUGCCUCUGAAGAAUCUGUUCGAAUUUUAAAGGAAGUUACCAGGAACAUAUUUGACAACUUCCCCUUCCAUUCAGUCACCAUUCAAGUUGAACCAGUCGAAGAACAGAAUCCGGAGUGUAUGUUUUGCUGUGAGCCAGGCGAAUAAGCCAAGUCUUCAGGCUUAACUAUGGUUCAGAUGCUAGAAGAUCAGUAUUCUGCAAAAUGAACUUAAUAAAAUAUAUAAGAAUUGGAAAUUGACUACAACCCACAUUACAAAUAAUUAUUCCCUUCUAACUGGCAUGAUGGAAAGAUGUUCAGACAUAUUGAAACGAAACGGUAGCCAUAUACACUGCCACCUUCUGGUCACUUAAAUGAUGAAAAAGGAAACUAGCUUGAUGCAGCCUACUUGAUGUCCUGCUUAUAUGAGAGAGAAAAAAAAGGGAGAGACCGGAGGGGUCGCCUCGUGUGAUACCAUUGAGUAAUCAGAGCAAAUAGGGCAGGGGGCGUGUGACCCCCUAGGUAGUGGCUGCUCACCUUAGAGCAAAUAAAAACUUGUGUAUCAACCCACACUUGGGGUUACAGUUGAAGCUGGAACCGGUGCUAAGCCUGAGGUCGCCAGAGAGGGAGAACCAGUCCUAGAUGAAG